CCGUACCUACCUACAUACAAACACCGGCUUCUUCGCCAGAACGAACAGCAUCAACUGACCAGGCCUCCCCUUUGGCCCAUCCCGACCGAACAGAACAACCAUUGAAUCACUUUCUGUUCCUCUCCCUGUUCUUUUCUUACACACACCCAAUGGCCGCCCUCCUUCCCCUCCGUGCCCGCCACUGCCUCAUUACCGGCGCAUACGGCGGUAUCGGGGCAGCCAUCGCCACCCGCUUCGCCGCCGAGGGCGCCCUCGUCACCCUCCUCGGUCGCAAGGAGGACAAGCUGCGCGACCUCUGCGCCCGUCUGACACCCUUUCCUGACUCCCGCCUUGCCCCUCUGUCUGCCGCCACCGCUACAUCUUCGCCUCACGUACGCGAGGAUAAGCCCGCCCACUCCUACGCCGUCAUGGACGUCUCCGCCGACAGCCGCGACGACGCCGUCUUGGAUGGUAUAUGGCAACGUACGGGCCAAAUAGAUGUCCUAGUCAACGCGGCGGGUAUUGCGCAAUUCCAGCUGUUGCAAAACACCUCCUCGCAAACCGCGAGGGAGCUCGUGGACACUAACCUAAUGGGCACAAUCUUCAUGUCGAGAUACAUGGCCCAGCGCAUGAAGCGCAGGCGCGCAGACAGGGAUGCUUGCAUUAUCAACAUUGCGAGUCUGCUGGCCGAAAAGGGUAGUCCUGGCACCAGUAUCUACGCAGCUUCGAAGGCCGGGAUCAUUGGCUUCACUCAUGCCCUUUCUGUCGAGCUGGGACCACUACGCAUCAGGGCCAAUGCCAUCGUCCCUGGCUACAUAGAAACCAACAUGCUUGCUUCAAUGUCGAGGGAACCCCUCGAAAAACGAAUUCCCCUUGGGCGUUUGGGCCGGCCCGACGAGGUGGCCGACGCUGCCGUCUUUCUUGCCCAAAACACUUAUGCCAACAACUGCAUCCUGAAUCUGGACGGCGGGCUAAGUGCUGUCUGAGCUGGCGUACUACGUAGGAGAGCUCCCCAGUCUAGUUGGGGGAGGGUACCCUUGAGGAAAGGAACCCUUGCAACAUCAGUCGUCGUCGAUGACGAUUGCUCCACCUGUCGAAUCAUCCACAAUGACCACGUCGUCGCUGCUUGUCGUGGCAACCUUGACCUUCUUCGCUUCACUUGGCCCAUCGCCGUCGUCCGACCGAGACCGCUUGAGGUUUGCCGAUUCUCCUUCAGCGUCGACAGUAGGCUUGCCAUUCUGCUCGCUUGUACCAUUCGACUCCACUAGGGUCUCCUUCUUGGGCUUGCGAGGGAUCAUGGGUUUCUGAUCCGCAAUCAAGCCCUUGACAGGCUUGUC